AUGGAAGAGACGACACUCGCCAAGCUCUUCCGCAGCGAGUCUCUGGAAGCGGUGCUCCGUUGGCACGAGCAAGGGCAGAAGAGGCCUGGGUCAGAGCGAAAGCUCUCCGUUGGCCUGGAGCUGGAAUGCUUCCUGCCAGACCUGGCAGGCUUGCUGCCGGACCGCCUGGUGCCCCUGCGCGACUCCCAGGAGCUCUUCAGGCUUGUGGCCCAGGUGCUCUCAGAGCUUGUCGCCGAUCGCGGCGCCCAGAGGUGUCGCUCGAGCUCUCACCUCGUGUCCGCCGAGGCCUCUGACUGGGGCCGGCUGUGGACGACCACGGCCGAUGGCUCCAUACAGCCUCAAGGCAAGAACCCCUUCCCUGUGGAGCUGGUGUCGAAGAGGAUGGGCUUCCAGGACUUCGACGUGACCUUGUUCUGCGAUGUGGCGCACGCCUUGCGUCGCCCGCCCCUGCGCGCAGAGACCAAUGAGUCGACUGGGAUUCACGUCCACUUGGGCCGCUAUCCCAGCUUUUUCUCUGUCGAGGAGGUGGCCGCCAUCAUGAAGGUCUACCUGCGCUUUGAGCCCGUCAUCAACGAGCUGUUGCUUCCUGUGACGCGGCAGCGCAACCGCUUCUGCAGGGACCUGAGGGAGGUCCUGGGGCGCGCGCAGGGCCUUCCAGCAUCGGAAGCAUCGGAUGAAGUGCUCUUUGCGAAGAUCGAUGAGGCCGUGGCCUUUGCGCGGUCCCUGAGUCCUGAGGCCCGGGCCGCCUGCCUCGAGGGCUCCCGUGUGUGCCUCACGAAGGAUGAGCUGCUUCUCAGUCUGCUGGGGGAAGGUGGGCUCUGGCGGUUGAAGCGGCCCGUGCAUGCCAAGGCUGAGCGAGGGAAGGAAAGUCUGCUGCUGCCUGCGGGCGUGGCUCUCGUGGAGCUGUCGUUGGCCGGAGAGCUGCUGUGGAGGCCUCCCACCCGCAAGGACCUCCAGCUGCUUUGGGGCAAGGAGGGCGAUGCACCAACCGAAGCCGAAGCCGAGCCCCCCACGCCCUGGUCGGCCCUGGAGAGCUUGAGCGACGACACGGAGGUCUGUGCGUGCUUCCGCAAGCCAGACGAUAUACCUGCCGCCAGCUUGGAGCACUGGCUGCUCAGGGAUUUGCUGAUCAUGGAGCGCCACGGCACGCGCUACUGCAAGCUGAACAUCAUGCGCAUCGCUCAGCCGAGCGAUCGGGCCACCAUCGAAUUUCGGCAGUUUCCAGGCGGUGACUUCAAUCAGCCACUUCUGAUUUGGGGUUGGGUCAAGUUCCUGGGCCUUUUGGUGACCCACGCCUGCGCCUGCGUCAGCGGCACCGGGGUCGAGACGGUCGAGCUGCCGAAGGAGGGCUCCGAGGAGGAGUUGAAGCGGUUCCUCCAGCUGUCUUCCGACAGCCUUCUCCUCGCUUGGUUCCGUGACCUCCGGAACCGUCUGCCGAAGCCAAGCGUCGCACUGCAAGGCAUGAAGGACGACUGGAACCGCCUUUGGCUUUCCUGGGCGCGUGCCAGCAGCCCUGCCGAGGAACGAAGGCCGGUGCUGGCAUCCUCCCAGGCAUGGCGCCGCCUCUUCCAGGCCGCUGCGGGCAUGAAGGCAGUCUUCCCAUCCACAGAUCCUGUUUGGGAGCCCCUGUCGCAGCGGCGAGGGGAGUGUGAAGUCUACAUGCAGCGCCUCUACGAAGCCGUGGUGCAGCGGCUUCGUAGCCACGUGCGGCUGCUGCGAGCAGCUGAGGAGGUAAGCAGGCUUGGCUCUCUCGGAACCAUCGUCUGGGCCAUCCUCUCAGAUGGCCGCUUGCGUAGGAGCAACACUGAGAUGAGGGAGCUACAAGCUACGAUAAAUGAGUCUUUAGGAUGGAGUGCCUGCCCCUCGCACCUUGCAGCCGCCGUUGCAGAACUGGGCCGAGAAGGCGCUGAGCUAACCCUGGACUACGCGAGGAACCUCCUGGAGCAGUGUGAGAAGGCAUGCGCAUGGACAACGCCCGUGGACUGUGUGGAGUGGUGCGCCUCGAGCCCAUGUGCGGAGACAUCCCUUCGAGAUGAUCUCCAGGUGUCCCUGGACGAGCAGCCCCUGCAGAGAUCCGAGGCUUGGACAGGGCAGACCCAAUGCAAGGAGUCGGCAUCACAGAUGCCGUCGCUGUUCGUGUGGCGUGUGUACCAUGAGCUCUGCAGCUGGCUGCUUCUCCCGCGUGUGGACGAAAUUGCGCAUGUCUGGGCAGGCCUGGCCAAGCGCGGUUGGGACUCUGAGCGCGUAGACUCCUUGUGGCUUCGGAUACGAGGGCACACGCAGCCGGCGGCUCGAGACCUUGCGGCAGCUUGGUUCAAUCAAGCCCGCGCAGGCAAAAAAGAGCCCGCAGGAAUAUCUCUGGGCAUGCAAAUCCUCUAA